GUCUGACAACACUGAAUCCGACAGCCAGCGGGUGCACUCAUGUCGAAGGCCGCUAUCCUAAAGUAAAUCAUUCUGAUUUCGUCGCUGGAACCGUUGUUACGGCUCGAUUAAAUCUUUGCAUACCAUCUGCGUCGCGCUCAUCCAUCGUAAACUUCGCUUUUUGCGUCCGAUUCAAUUGUUAGUAACUUGCAAACUUGUAUUUGCGGUAUCCGAUACCCAAACAAUACUUCGUUAGAAGUGAGCAAAAGAAGGAAACAACUUCAACAAUGAGCCAAAACAACGUGUACACCAACAAUGUGGAAGAGGAGUACAUGGACAUCGUCUCCAAGAAUGCUUGGGCCCUCGUCUACCAGAAGCUGGGGCUGAGCAGCCAGCAAUUCUGCUUCACGUGGAACGAGGCCAAGAAGCCGAAGAACAAGGCGCUGAACCGCUACCGUGAUGUGAACCCCUACGACCACACCCGAGUUAUCCUGAAGCGCUGCGAGCAUGACUACAUCAAUGCCAACUAUGUGACCAUGGAGCGUGCCAACCGACGAUACAUUCUAACGCAAGGUCCCUUGGCAUUCACCGUGGGCCAUUUUUGGUUAAUGAUCUGGGAACAAAAUACAAAAGCUAUACUCAUGUUAAAUAAAGUGAUAGAGAAAAACGAGAUAAAGUGUCACUGGUAUUGGCCGCAAGCGAUCGGUGAAGUCAACAAGAUGACCUUCAACGAGGUGCGGCUGGAGGUGGUGCUGGUCAGCGAGGAGGACUGCGGCUACUACUCCACCAGGCUGUUCAAGCUCCGCGACAUGGAGAGCGGCAAGUGCCGCGACAUCAUGCAGUACCACUACACCACGUGGCCCGACUUCGGGGUCCCGACGUCGCCGGUCGCCUUCCUGCAGUUCCUGAAGCGGGUGCGCGAGUCCGGCGUGCUCGACCCCACGGACGGGCCGCCGGUCAUCCACUGCAGCGCCGGCAUCGGCCGCUCCGGCACCUUCUGUCUCGUCGACUGCUGUCUCGUCAUCGUGGAGAAGGAAGGCAUUGAGAACGUGAACAUUCAGGAGAUGCUGCUGGAGAUGCGCCGCCACCGCAUGGGCCUCAUCCAGACGCCUGACCAGCUGCGCUUCUGCUACCAGGCCGUCAUCGAGGGCACCAAGCGGCUCGACCCCAACUUCAAGGAGGAGGACGAGAUGGAGGAGAGCAUCUACGUGGUGGUGAACGAGGAGGAGGCGCCGCCGCCGCCGCCGCCGCGCGCCGAGAGCCUGACGCGAGCGCCGGCGCGCCCGCUGCCCGCCAUCCCCGCCAGCGAGUCGCUCGGGAACCUGCAGCUGUCUGCGGGCGCGGACUCGAGCUCGGACUCGUGUCCGCCGACUCCUCCCGCGCGGGACUCGCGCUCGUCGUCCGCCUCCUCCGCCGACGACGAGGACGAGGAGCCGCGCGCGGUCGCCGAGAGCGGGGCGGGCGCGGGCGAGGACCUGCUGCGGCGGCGGCGGCGCGAGCUGGCGGAGCGCGUGUCCAGCAUGAAGCGAAAGGCGCGCGAAGCGGAACGGUGGCAUGCGCUCAAGAGGUCGCUUUACAAACCUCUUACCAUCACGUUCGGCUUCAUCCUCGCCGGGAUUAUCAUCUAUUCCUACGUCAAACACUAAACCCCCGAUUAACUCGACAUUCGCUCGGCCCGUCUUUUCUUCGUAUCGUACGUUUUCGAGUCGAGUUUCUUGUACAACUUCCGUGCUUUAGCACCUCUUCCGCCGAGGGAGGCCUCCCUCUAACAGAACACAUGUUUCGUCCUACGCGACAUAUCUGCAACACUUCACCUGAGGAACCGGUCCCGUGAGCUCGCUCGAACACGUUACACUUAUCUAACAUCGGGUGCCAGCGAAUGUCGGGUCACUUCGGUAUUUGACUAAGACUGCAUAUAUUUUGUAUUUAACUUGACAUGUACUACGCUAGAGUUAUGUAGAACUCGGACUAAAAAGGAGGUCUGUCGUUACGCAAGUAUCACAAUUUUUUCUAAUUUAUUAUCGGCAUCCGCGUCGCAUUGCUAAUGUCGGAGUCCCGACAGAGAUCUCCUUGUUGGUUGUCACUCGACGAUAUGUCGUAUGUAUCAGAAGUAUAUUUAACGAGUACCGAUCUUACUUAUUCAUGUAAUAUAACAUAAGUAUGUGCACCAGUUAGGCCGGUAUACUAGCCCUAACAGUCAUGAGAUACUAUGUCCAAUCAUGUUUGACUUGACUGUGUCUUAUUGAACAGUUUUACACAUCGCACUUACACUGGCCAUUCAUUAAUAAAUAUUUUAAAAAUAAUGAGAAAAUAUAAAGUAUCGUUAAUGUAUCUAUUAUUGAUACCACGUGUUAUCAUGGCGCACUAUACAUUUUGUUACGUUGUCUGACGGUCCUCGCCGAGCGCGAGCGCCACGGGCUUGUUCUGUGUACACCAGAUGAGCCGCGAUGUCUUAGUCCUAGCUCAGCUUUACAUUAUUUUUAUUGAUUUUGCAAACAUUUCUUAAUUAUUUAUUAUUUUCUAUGUGAUUUAUGAUAUGAAUUAGUUUUUCCUUUACUUUUUAUUCAACGAAUUAACAAUUUAAAUAAUAAGUUUUCAUAAAGGACGUUAAAAUGAAAUUGAUGUUUCCGAACCUUUUGAAUAGAAAACGAUCUUUUAUUCGAUUUUAAAUGAAAUAAUGGAAUAUAAGAAUGUAGUUAAUAUGCGCUAUGUAUAUGUGUGUCGCGUAUAAUGUAUUAUCUAAUCGGGAUGACUACGUUUGGCCGCAGAACGGUGAUGAAAAGACUUUGUUUGUCAGUAAGACGCGUGCUAAUAAACUAAAGAGUCGUAUAACGUCUGCUAUUGUUCAUUGUGGUAGGAUUACGGUAGUGCGGAGCGGAGGGCAGCCUCGACGCGCGGCCGACACACCGGAGGGUGCUAAACUGAAUGGAGAUAUCAUACGUCCCGCGCCGGUCUCACCUCGCCCGUACAACCAACGUGACAGCGAAUGUGAUGCGAUGUCGAUACCAAAAUGUCACUCUGUCAACGCACAAAUGACAUUUUGACAGCGAUAUCACAGAGCUAUCGCGGCCGCGUUGCUUCUACCGGCUAGGUAGACACCGACGCCGAAUAGUUAGCAUAAGUUUACUAUUGGGGUGAGAGGUAAAAUUUACGAAUAUGGUUUGUUAAUUUCAGGUUUAAAAAGGAGGACGAUACGAAAGAACCGUGCGAAGACUGAAGAGAUUAGAUAAAAUUAUAAAACGUUGCGUAAAGUUAUAACACGUGUGGGGAGGUCGCAUAGACAGGCGCCGUGCUCGACUUACGAUGACGUUCAAACAACUUUGAUUACUUGUAAAAAGUCCGUUAAUACCCGUCCGGAGAUGUUCAAAUAAACAUUACAAUGAUUAACUUUUCAUUUCCAUCGCAUUCUCUUUGUCAUUUGACGUCAUUAACGGGAUUUUUAUUCAAAAUUUCACACACAAUGAACGGUCAUUAUGAAAUCGUUGAACAAACAAAGUAUUUUUCUGCAUUUCUUAUUGUUUUUCAUUGUAUAGUUAGAUGCUUGAUGUUUGAAAUUAUAUAUUUGUUUUAUGUAGGCAGCCCUGCGUCCAACCAUAUUAUUAUUUGCAAAGUAUCUUAGAGGCGGUGAUUUCUGAUAUCAAUUUUAUUUUCAACUGACUUGUCAGUCGCGGGCACACACACAUUAUUAAACAUUCAACAUAUUUAAAUAGUAGUAUUCAUCGAGUGUUGUUACUGGCAACCCUGGUUGCCGCGUGGCUUCAUGUCGAUCAAUACUAUUAGCAAGCGAAGUGCGCCCGCGCAUCAGACAUCACUUAUUCCACAUUAGUUUAUUGUAUCGUAUAUCCUACAUGUAAAUACAUCUAUUCUACACUCUAGUUAUUAAGAUUACGAAUAUUUAAAGUUAGUGUAAUAAAAAAAUAUAGUUCAUAAUUGUACCUUUAUUGGGGAAGAGUUAUUUUUUAUUGAGAAAUUAUUUGAAUAUGAUAUUUUGUAGUUACUUUAGUGACCGGUGACACCGCGCCCUUGCGACGUCGCGCCCGACAAGCCGCGUCCGUACUGAACCCUACCACUCGUAGUACGUCAUAUUGUGACCGGACAGUAUUAUAUUAGCGCUUCUAAAUAACUGUAAACACACAUUAUGUUCGAAGUCUACCAUCCGACAAGCCUGUGUUGCCAGAUAAUUGUCACUAAUCACAAAAUGGUAUGAAUUAUAAUUUUUUACUUUUGACACUGUAUUGAAUUCGAAUGAUGUUGUUAUAAGGUUUGCGUUGCGUUGCGUUGCGUGUAUCCGUUUAAUUACCGACGAUUCGUGUUUUACCGCGAUAAUUAAAACUAUGUAUCGAUGUAUAAUUUGUUAGGUAUUAUUUGAUAAUGAUUGAUGUAUCAUUAAUAUCAUUAUCGAUGUGUCUCGUAUUAAUGUUGUGGGUAGUAGAACUAAAUGUUCCCGUGUUAGGUGUAUUAGUCGGCGGUUGAUUGCGCGAGUGCUGACAUCUGGUGGUGUGCUAGGAGGGCUGUGACGUCACGGUCGGGUUCUCGUCUCGUUCUCGUCUCGGCGUCAUUCGUUAGUUCUGGUCGUUUGUGUCGCUCGUCGUUCUCGUUUCUUUGCAACGUAACAUCUGCAUUGAGUAUUACCAACGAAGCGAUGUAGGACGCGCCGAGCUGACGUCAGCUCUGUGUAACAACGUUUGCACUCGAUGUAACUCCGCGCUUUGUAUUUGUAGUAGCCUGACGUUGACGAUCAUUUACCGAUAUUAUAUUCGAAGCCUAUUAACAUUGCCUUAUCACACUCAGUACACACAACUUUAAACAGUAAACAGGAUUUGACAUUCUCCUCUUGUGAUCGUGAUGAGAGAGAUUCUCUACUUGAUGUACUGUAACACUAACCGCUAUCGAACGUAUUUGUAAACACAGUGAAUAAAAAUGUUAUAAACUCGA